GUUUCAUUUCAUCAGAGGAUUUCUGCCGACAAGGAUUUGGCCGAGAAGAACGUUCGAGAAAAUUCAGGUUUGGGUAUAAAAACCGCGCCGCUAAAACCCCCACCGCCCGCCCGCUCCCGCCGCCGGCGACAAAGCACCGCCGAGGAUGGCGGACUCCGACCCCGCUCCGGCCUCCGUGCUCUCCCAGAGCCACCGCUCCCGCCUCCCCGACGACACCGUCUUCUACUCCAUCUUCCCCGACUCCGCCCUCUCCUCCGCCUCCGCCGCCGCCGCCGCCGACGGUCUCCAAUCCCUCCGCCUCCGAAUCCUCGCCUCCAUCUCCCCCUUCGCCUCCUCCUACCUCUGGCAGCACCAGCCCUUCUCCCUCUCCCUCUCCUCCACCUCCGCCGCCGUUCUCCCCCUCCACCUCCACGGCAAGCUCCGCUACGGCGACAACCUCGAGGACGAGUGGUUCGCCGUCUUCCUCCUCUUCCACAUCUCCCGCGAGUUCCCCGACCUCUCGGUCCGCGUCUGGGACACCGACGGCGAGUUCCUCCUCAUCGAGGCCGCCUUCCACCUCCCCCGCUGGCUCAACCCGGAGACCAGCCUCAACCGCGUCUUCAUCCGGCGCGGCGACCUCCACAUCGUCCCCCGCGACAAGAUCGCGUCCCCGUCGAUCGUCGAUUCGCUGAAGUUCUUGGUCGGCAACGGGGACGAGUCACGCGCCGGGGAGGCGGUGCAGAGCGCGGUGAAGGCCCGGAUCGCGGGGUACCCCGAGCAGGCGAGGAGGAAUAUGCACAGGGUUAGGGUUAGGGUUCCGGUGUCGGUCGCGCAGGUGCUGAGGCACGAGCCCUGCCUCAUUUCGCUCGCCGUGGAAGGGUUUUACGACAGGGAUAUCGACUCGAUGAAGUAUGCGGCGAGGAUGGAUAGGUUCUUAAGUAAGGGAAAGGAGGAGGAGUUCGUGCUCGUGGCCCUCACCUUGUCGAGGGCAAUGUACGCGCAACUGGUGCAGCAGACGUUUCAGGCCCCGAAAUGUUAUCCGAUGCCGAGCAGGAGCGAUCCCAGGGCGUAUAUGGAAGCUGAAUUGGGGAUGAAGAUUGCUUGCGGUUUUGAGAUGAUGUAUCAGAUGAGGCGAAGAGAGGGAUUGGAAGGGAAAGGAAGCACGUGGGAGGCGUAUAGAGAGAGUUUGGAGAGGAGCGGAUACUUCGAAGGGUUGCUUCCGGGUUCGAAGGAUUAUAAGAGGUUGAUGGAGAAGGCAGAGGAGUAUUACAAGAAUAGUUCCUUGUUCUCGAAGGCUAGUGAAAUGAUGAGCUCUCCAGUCAAGUGCAUAGAUGAGAUUCUUGCUUUACCUCACUCAGCCGAUGAUUUUAGGAAUCAGGAGGUUCCUCCCUCUGAUGAUGACUCUUGGCUAUACACUGGUGAGGAUGAAUUGAACUCCGCACUUCUGGAAAGACAGAAGGAAAUGGAACUUUAUGAUGCUAUGCAUGGGAAAAAGCAGAAGUCAAAAGAGCCAUCAGACACGGGUCCUUCGAACCACAGCAAUGGUGAUUGUGAUCUCAGUAAUAUAGCAAAGACCAUGGAGGCAUUCGUCCAUAAGGUGUCAAGCUACAAGGGAGCGGAAAUUCCUGAUCAAAGGGAUACAGUAGACCUCGACGUGGAUCGUUUUUUUAAGGACAUGGAAUCUGUACUUGGGCGACAUGAAAUGGAGGUUUCUUCUCCAGAUGGAGAUGCUGGAGAAGGGUCCUCCUCAGACAUGGAUUUUGAUGAAUCUGAAGAUGCAACUGAUGAUGAAGACAAGGAGGAUAUUUUCAUGGAUUCUUAUACGGAUGCUUUAAAUAGGGAAUUGAAGAGCAGCACGCUUACUGAAAGUUUUGUUCGUGCAAAUGAAGAACCUUUGAAAACAAAUCAGGGAGCAUCAAGUUCCACUCAAGACAUGGACGAGGAUUUCACUCCGGUCGACGUGGACGUGAACCUGGUGAAGAACUUGCUCGACUCCUUCUCUUCCCAAGAGGGACUUCCCGGACCGGCCUCGAAUUUGCUCGGUCUCAUGGGGCUCCGCCUCCCGCAGGACGGCAACAAGGGGAAGUAGUCUCUGGCCUCUUUCCGUUUUCGUCAGCAUGAUGCAGAACUACUCCUGUAAAUAGGUCAGUCUUUCCUGGUGCGCCUCCAUACAUCGGAGGCUGCCCGCGACAAAUCUUAGAAGAGGGUCUGUGUUUUUUUGGUUAUCAUGCCGACGUCGUCGUCGCUUCCGGGGACUGUAGGAUGUAUUCUUGACUCCGUCGCUAACACUUUAGAACACUGUAUUUGCACUUUUGAACAAAUUAAGAAAAUAGCUUGACAUGAUUACAUGAGUU